UUCUCUCCGGUUGUAAACACGCCGCCGCACAUUAACCGGAAAUCCCCAGGCUUGUGUUUUGUUUGACGUGUUUGAGAAGAUGGGACCUGAAAAUGACGCUUCGCCUUCAGCAGGUCUGCAGUCCGCUGUAAAACAGGUUCAGCUCGAAGGCCUGGUAGUGCUAAAGAUCAUUAAACACUACCAGGAGGAGGGACAAGGCAGUGAGGUGGUGCAGGGAGUGCUGCUGGGACUGGUGGUGGAUGACCGACUAGAGAUCACCAACUGCUUCCCCUUUCCCCAACACACCGAGGACGAUGCUGACUUUGAUGAGGUUCAGUAUCAGAUGGAGAUGAUGAGAAGUCUUCGUCAUGUCAACAUCGACCAUCUGCACGUGGGUUGGUACCAGUCCACCUUCUUCGGCUCUUUCAUGAGCCGAGCCCUGCUGGACUCUCAGUUCAGCUACCAGCACGCCAUCGAGGAGUCUGUGGUGCUCAUCUAUGAUCCCAUUAAGACAGCUCAGGGCUCACUGUCCCUCAAGGCCUACAGGCUGACUCCUAAACUCAUGGAGAUUUGCAGAGAGAAAGACUUCUCCUCAGAAAGCUUGAAGAAGGCCAAUGUGGGCUAUGAGAAAAUGUUUGAGGAAGUUCCUAUCGUUAUCAAGAACUCUCACCUCAUCAACGUGCUGCUGUGGGAUCUGGAGGACAAGACGGCGGAAGUGGAAAAGCAUGAACUGCUUAGCCUCUCCAGCAGCUCUCAUCUCGAGAAAAGCUUGCAGAUGCUGAUGGACCGCGUGGACGACAUGUGCCAAGACAUCAGCAAGUACAACAACUAUAGCCGCAGCCUGAGCAAACAGCAGCAGCAGAAACACCAGUACAUCCAGAGGCGUCAGCAGGAGAACGCUCAGAGGCAGAGUCGAGGCGAGCCUCCUCUUCCUGAAGAAGACCUCACCAAGCUGUUCAAGCCUCCACAGCCUCCUCCACGAAUGGAUUCCCUGCUCAUAGCCGGCCAAAUCAACACGUAUUGCCAGACGGUGAAGGAGUUUACUUCUCAGAACCUGGGUAAGCUCUUCAUGGCCGAGGCUCUCCAGGGCCAUGGCAGCUAGAGGACAGCAGACAUGAUGGUUCUCCCGAGGCGAGUCCUGUUAUUGGUUACAAGUAAAUCUCCUUCAAGUCGCUAAUAGAACAAAUGGAAGAAGAGUGGACAAAAGACCAAGGGUCCCUUUGCAGAACAUGUACCUACUAUAAACGUUUACAUGGAUAAUUGUAAUUGUUCAUGUAUAUAAAUUGAUAGAACUUACAAUUGCAUAGCGUUGCGUUUUUUAAUCAUUUAACACAUACCGGAAACUGGAAAAAAAAAAAAAAGUUACUCUCUUUAAGUUUUGCAAAAGGAGAUUUAACUAAAUUAGAUAAUUAAAUGGAUUGUGCCUAAUUUUAA